AUGAGUAACGUACGCUGUAACGAUCCGCCACCAACGGUGACCACUUCGCUCGCUACCAAUGACGCGGAAGCGGAUACCGGGCCAUCGAUUGCACCGGCACAGCAGCAGCAGCAGCAGCAACAGCAACCACCGGUGCAGUCCAGCAAUAAGGGUACACCCUGCCGAAUCAAUGGCGUCAAGGGCUACCAGAAUCGUACCAAUAGUAUUAUCUACUGUCCGCCAUUGUUGCGCGGUGGCAACGCGCCGAAGGAUAAGUGCAGUGCCAUCGUUUAUUUCGGCGGUGAUGUGCAGGAUAUUCCGGAAAAGAUGGAAUCGAACCGGGACAACAAGAACUACAUCAAAUGGAAUUUGGAAAACACAGCCCUACUGCUGCGGGAAUCCUUUCCCCAGUCGCACAUUGUGGUGGUGCGUCCGAUGCGGAUGGAGUACAGCACGUUCAGCUGUUUCGACAAUUUCGUGCGUGGCAACAAUGCUGGUAUACCGGACCAUACGCCCAUGCACUUUUCGCUGCAGCAUCUCGAGGAGUUGCUGAUAAAUCUCACGAAAAAACUAACGAAACCCAUCCUGGAUCAGGACUUCCUACACAAGCUGCUGAGCGCUUCCAGCACCAAGGGUUACGGUGGUGACGUACUGCCGUGCAAACAGAACAAUGUCGAUAUCUUGCAGAGCAAUAUCUAUGACGCAUCCGGCACCGAGUCGGCCGAACCGAACCUGGUCGAACUGUUAUGGUGGCGCGAAAAUUUGAACCUCGACAAGGCCAGCCUGAAGCUGAUCGGUUUCAGCAAAGGUUGCGUGGUGCUGAACCAGUUCAUCUACGAGUUCCACUACUACAAAACGCUCACACCGGACGACAGCACGAUGAUGCGGUUGGUGUCACGCAUUAGCGAUAUGUACUGGUUGGAUGGUGGGCAUGGUGGUGGCAAAAACACCUGGAUUACGUCCCGCAGCCUGCUCGAAACGCUCUGUCGGUUGUGCAUCAAUGUGCACGUACACGUUACACCAUAUCAGAUCCAGGACGAUCACCGUCCGUGGAUACGGAAGGAGGAGAAAGCGUUUACCGAUCUGCUGAAGCGGCUCGGGGCGGCUUUCGAUCGCCACCUCUACCCGAGCGAAGCGAACUCCACCAACCUGUACACGCACUUUGACGUGCUGAACCGAUUUCGCCAGCAUCAGAUCAGUCUGUUCUCGCAGCAGCUGCACCAGCCGCAGCCGGUCCCGCUCGUACAGCAUCAUCCCGGCGCCGGUGGUAAUUAUCCGCGGUCACCACCGGACGAUAAUGAUGAGCAGGAGCUGCAACAGCAGGAGCAACAGCAGCAGCAGCAGGGUAUCGAUUCACCAGGCCAUGAUGAGUACAGUACGGUGGGUGAUGAAACAAUCGUAAAGGAUGCCACCGCACUCGAUGGAGACGGUAGCGAGGGGGAAGAGCUCGAGGAGGAAGACGAUGUACCGAUGGUGGCAGUCACCGCGAUGGAGACGGGCGAGGACAAGGGUGAUAAUAGCAUGCAGCACGACAACUGACAAUCGGGACACGAUUGUAUGAACUACAUUUCGGUAUUC